AUGCAUGAGGCUACGCUUGAUGCACCUGAUUCCACAGUACCUACAUCCCCCUCCUCAGUGUGGACAUCGGCCGCGCAACAGCGAUGGCCACAUGCGUACGAUCGCGACGCAGCUCGUGUCGUGCGAGAUCAGCGCCACCGUGCGCAGAUUCAGGCAAGGCUUCAAAGCGCUGCCAUCCGUCUAGGGUAUGCGUAUGCAGCCUCUUCCGCCAUGGCGCUCUUCACUACGGCGCACAACCAGCAGCUCGCAGAUCGGCCGUCGAUGCCACGCUGGGGAACAGCAGCGAUGGCCUUGGCUGCUGCGAUUCUCUAUGCUGUGCUGCGUCGAGAUGAUCGCAUGGUCGACGUAGCGACCAUUGCCAUCGCGACGGAUGUGCCGUACACGGCGGUGGUGCGUGCGUGUCAAUCGUUGCGUGCGUUCUCGCAAGUGCCCACAGUCCACGUCCAAGAUCCAGCGCUGUAUAUACCCAUUUUUGUCUCGUACCUGGCAUCGAUUGAGCCGCCUACGUCGCUUGCGCAGCCACUGGGUCUUCACGUCGCGCGCCUGCCUUCGUGGACAGAUGUGCAGACCAUCGCGACACAGUUGGCGCAUGUAUGUUUGUCGUACGAGACGCCGUCCCAUUGGGAUGCGCCCUCGCUGGCCUAUGCGAUGGUGAUCCACGCCGUCGAAGGGGCAAGUCGGCGUGCGGUCCGCGUACGACCUCUCGCUGCGAUGCUGCCGCUCGCCACGGAGCGUCCGGCGCCGCAUGGUUGGUGGGUCAGCGCUGUUGCGCAAGGGUCUGUUUCUACGGUGUUGGUACGCUAUGCGGAAUUGGAGCGAUGCCUGGCGCGCCAAGUCGAAGCGUUGCCGUGGGUCGCCCACCGUCCGAAGCUCAAGCGAGAGCGUGAUCGUGAUCGGGCCCGAGCGCGUGGCACGUCCGACGGCGCACGGCGUGUAUCGCGGGCGGAUGUAGCGAUGUACAUGCGCGACGCCCUGUUGUGGGCCGAGCAGCAUAUCGCCUCGAAUCACGGUGUGUCAUGGAUGCAGGCGUUUGGUGUGCAGCGACGUGGAACGCCACGAACGUAUACUACGACGUCCAUGGCCGAUCGAUUAAACUUGCAUGGUGCUGCGAUUGAGGCGAUGAGCGACGAGGAUGUGGAUGCGCGUCUCUUUGAGGACGACGAAAUGAAUAUGUACCUACGUACGCCCGCGGAGCAGGCGCUCUGGCUGCAAUGGCAUGCCGAUGUCCCAACCUCUGUACCAGCGCCACCGACCACGCCGCCGUCGAAACGCCAGCGUAUUCGGACCGAGGCGGCGCAUCUGACCACACCCUUGGACCUCGCGGCGCAGCAGUCGUACGACACGGAAUGGGAGGGGGUCGAGCCUUAG